GGGUCAUGGCCUGUUCAUGGACCUUCCUGUGGCUCCUAUGGAUCGCACUUGUUGCAGUGCUUCUCUUCGCUUUGCGAGGACCACUCAAGAUAUCAGAGUCGCUUGAAAGUGUUACAGCGACGUCGUACUUCAACAAUCUAACACCAAAGUUCUACGUGGCAUUGACAGGAACCUCCAGUUUGGUAUCAGGGAUAAUUCUAAUUUUCGAAUGGUGGUACUUUAAGAACAACGCCGGAAUCGAUGCAGGAGACGAAGAGGGAUCUGAUAACGACGAAAGCAUCGAAAAUACGAAAACCGUCCCAGAAUGCAAAGUCUGGCGGAAUCCGAUGGCGCUGUUUCGAGCAGCCGAGUACAAUCGAUUUCGAAAGGAAACAAAUUCAGAGCCAUUAACAUAUUAUGACAUGAAUUUAUCCGCUCAGGACCAUCAGUCAUUGUUCAUGUGUGAUGAAGAUCAAGGUAGAGCAGAAUAUGAAAUAAUGCAAGUAGCAUGGCGAGAGCGAGAAAGCGAAGAGCGAAUUCAAACCGCCCGAGCAGCGUUGGCAAUCAAUCCGGAAUGUGCAUCGGCACUUGUCCUCUUAGCAGAAGAAGAAUCUGAAACCGUGUCUCAAGCUGAAAAUCUUCUUCGUCGAGCUCUCCGUGCCAUUGAGUCCACUUUGAAUUCCUAUUCCAACAAUCAAAUUGCCAGUUAUGCGCAAAAUGGAGAUGCUGUUAGAAAGCGUGAUUUGACGAUUCAAACAUACAUUAAAAGAAGGUUGGCAAUGUGUGCAAGAAAACAAGGACGACUUCGUGAAGCUAUCAAAGGCUUUCGAGAUCUGUCGCGAGACCAAUCUCUUUCAACGUUGUUAUCUGUGCAAGACAAUCUCAUAGAAGCAUGCUUAGAAGUUCAGGCAUAUGCAGAUGUUCAGAAUUUGCUUGUAAGAUAUGAUGGAUAUGGUGCUCCCUGCUCCUAUGAACUUCGUGAACCAAGAUCAGCCGCGAUGAGUUAUACAUCAGCCUUGUUGAAGGUUCGAGCUGUUGCAGAGAAUUUCCGCUGCGCUGCAGACUCAUCAAUUCGUCGUGGACUUUCUUCUGCUGAACAAACUGCAAUCGAAGCACUGACUCGUGCAAUGGAGUUCAAUCCACAUGUUCCACCAUAUCUUCUCGAACUUCGAUCAAUGAUAAUGCCACCUGAACACUUUUUGAAACGUGGAGACUCUGAAGCACUGGCCUAUGCAUUUUUCCAUAUUCAACAUUGGAAACGAAUUGAUGGUGCUCUUCAACUUCUUAGUAUUGUGUGGAAGGAUUUUGUUCCAAAAGUCAGCAAAGAUAAAAAUGCAUUUUCUUCACAGUUGGAAUCAGCUGACAAAGAGUUGCUACCAUCUUGGCACGAACAGUCCGUUUUUCCGAAAACUGAGGGAACUCUCAUGAUGCUUCUACAAACCUUCAUCUGCCUCGCUAUCUGUAUUCUCGCCGUUCUCGCUCAACAAUUUCCAGCAUCUUCUGGCGAGAUUUUCCGUACUGCUGCAACGAUCGGAAUGCAAUUCUACGAAAAUUCUGUGUAUACGGUUUCUCAAUGGGCGCCAGGAAAUAUCAUUCCGUAUUUAGCAUCGAAACAGGUGCCUGUUCCAGAGCUCUAAUGUGAUAUUUUUUUCAAUCUAUCCAAUCAUUCCAAUCUUGUACUCUUCCUUCCAAACUUCGUGUUCCAUAUCGAAUAACACUAAAAUUUCCUCUUUAAAUUCAUAAUUAGUCACACACAUUCAACUUGCCAUAAUCUUUUUAUUUGAAUCCCAUGUCAUCUCCAAAAUGUUUUAAUAUACUGCUGCUGGUGGCUCUUUUUCACGUUGAAAUGAUCUCUGCUAUCCUUUUUUUAAUUGAAUGGAUAAAUAAUAAAUAUUUAUUUUUAAGAGCA